GGACUUACUGAGUGGUUAGAUAAAGAAAGGCUUAUUGAAUUGUUAAUUGAAAAAAAAUUUUAAUCCCUGACUCAAAUGGAGCUGUGCAUAUGUAGGUACAUUAUUGUCUGUUACCAUUUUCAAUUCCAGUGUGGAAGGAAGUGGUAUGGAAGAGUACGAUAUGUUUCUGGGUGCACUUUUGGCUUGCUUAGUUCACAGCCUGGGGGACAGACUAUACCUGUACACCUCUGCCACAUCAGGGGUGGAGACACCGUUGUCCCAUAACAUCUGUAUUGACCGAGCUCUUUUGCAGAUACAGCACUUCAUUCUCAUGUCAGUCCUGUAAUCUUCCAAAACUGAGUUCAUCUGGAGGGAUUUGUACCAGAUGGCUAAUUGGUGGAUGCACAGGAUUCUUCCUUUAAAUUUAAAAACAAACAAACAAACAAACAAACCCCACGAAGACUGACGGGAAAAAAAUAUAAAAACAAGCUUGGGUUCGAGAUCGUGUGUUCGACAUCCCGCCCCGAUGAGUGGAAUGUUGAUCAGUGGAUAUUGUUAUGACAGUCAUGUACUUAGGGUCCCCUAAGGAAAAGUAGUGCAAUUUGUUUGUUGAGCAUGUGCCUCUCUACCAGUCCUGGCAGAUGUUCUACCUCUUGGCUGCCUUUUUGACGAGGCCUGAAGCUGGUGUGGGAUGGAGGAUGCCAAAUACAGCAUUGUGGCUUCACACAAGGGCAGCAGCAGGAGCAGAAUGUUUCCUUGAUGGCUGGCAGUCUCAAGAAGACAAGACUGAGUGUAUGUAGCUCUCUUGGUAGUAGAUCAAGUGCUUCUUAAUCUUACAGUAUCUUCUGAAAUUUUUAAGCUAAACUGGUUUUGGUUUGGGAUUUUUUUUGUGUGGUUAUACUGAUAGAAGGGCCAAAUAGUGGGAAUAAUCUAAAGUAUUGAGGUAAUCCUGUAAAAUGUGGGAAUUUAGAGGAUGGGUGUCCUAUUUCUUUGCACUUGUACAAUUGGACAGCUAUAUACUGAUAUAAGUAGCAUCUGUAUACCUGUAUACAUGGGAUUAUACAGACUGAUUGCUCCAUACUAUAUUUCUGAAUUUAAGCAAAACUUCAAAAUGUUUGUCUUGCUGCUGAUUGCUCUCUGUAUUCAAAUCUUACCUCUUCUUACAUAUAUUCACCUUUUGUAUGGUGUUAUACUUCCUAACAAUAAGGGAAUUUCCCAAAAUUACAAUAGAAUGCAGAUUAAAUUUGAGGGUAUUAAGCUACCUAGUAUCCUCACCUCUAAUGGAGACAAAUCCAUCACAAGUUUCCUCUUAAUGAAUGCUGUUUUUCUGUGUUGAAAAUUUGCUUAUGCCUUGAUGGUGAAUAUUUACCUAAAUUCUAGAUGAUUGUUAUAUUUAGACAUUGAAGUAUGACAUGCCAAUAAAUGAAAAUAGUGCUUUAGUAAACUGUAACAGAAUGUAUACAGGAAGUAAACAAAGUAGGCUCCUAAUACUUUUUCAGGUAAUCUGGAUGUAUUCAAUAACAGUUUCAAAAUUUCUAGCCCUUGGUGCCAAGUUUUGUUGCCAUCAUAGCUGUGGUGUGGGUGGAAGAGCCCAACCAGAAAUGAGCAGAUCUAACUGUAAGCUACUUUGCAUGUUGUCAGUUGACUAUAAAUUGCAGCAGUCAUUGACUCAGCGGAACAAGCGACACAAUUCAGGUAAGAGACUUGCAUGUUGCUGUAUCUAGCCAAGAUCUUCACUGAAUAUCAGUGUUUUUGAAAAUCACUCCUGCCAGCCAUUCACUAACAAUGCUUCUAUAGCUCUUUAAUGAAUCCUGUUUAAUAUGAUCUCUUAUUUAAUAAGGUGUAAGAAAAAUGGAACAUUAAUUUCUUUUUUUUUUAAAUAUCAUUCAGAUAUUUUCAGGUAUUCAUCACUCUUAAAAUAGCACGUCUUGUUUCCUUGGAUUUUACUUCCAUCUGAAGAUUGGUGAGUCUCUGGUCUAAGAGGAAAACGUUCCUAACACUUGAAUUUUGCACUUUGUGCUGGUAGUAAGGCAGCAGGUAACUGUUUUAUGUAACACUGUUGUCCAGCAGAAGUGUCAGUACUAAGCAACAAAUCCUGCAAGUAUCUCUUCUUGAGGAGUUGUGUUGGUUUUGAUUUCUUGCUCUGUAAUGAUGUUUUGCUGUAAGUUUUUGUUUUGCUAUGUAGCAGGCUUUUUCCUCAGACAGUGUUUUUAAGUUGUUAGCAGUAGAAAGUUUUUAGACAAUAACCUGUGUAAGUAGCAAAAGGAAAGAUGACUGGCUAUUGUUUUGAUUUUACGAUGAGUGUAUAUUCACCUCUUGUUUUUUUUGCAUGCAUACUAAUGUGAAAUGGAUGUGUGUUCAUGCUUUUAGCCUACCUACAGAAGUACCUGUUUAAGAUGCAUGUGACUUUCACUCAUGUCUAACAGCACACUAUAAGUGAAUUCUUAAUUCAUUGGAUUUCUGUCGUGAAAUCUAUGUGCACUAGAAAAAGAGACAACACUGAGUUCAGAGGCAUUUUCAUAGAAUAUGUUGAGAGAACAGGUCCACACUGAGUAAAAAAUUCUCUCUGUAUAAACAUGGCAGGUAUGAAGUCAUUAGAAAACAUUACAAUAUCCCCCUAUCCUUGUGAAGGAUUCAGGGGAUCCCAUUUAUGUUAUUGGAGCUGUGAUUGGAGCAUUUGAAGCUUUGCAAGAUUUUUGUGAGUAUGGAAUCUAGAUGUGUCUAGUAACCUAGCUGAAUGUUCAGGUGUGGAUUCCAUUUUAGAGGAUGUAAUAUAACUUAAGUGCUUUAGACAGCAAUGUACAGAUGUGCAAGUGGAUGGUGAGUAAGAACAUUUUUGGAUAAAUUCUGUGUAGGCAAGUAUUGCCUUCAAGCUGUAAGGAUGGCUCACAGUAAUUCUUUAAAAAUUAACUAGUAAUUUCAAGUGUAUUUUAAGUAGCUAUUAGGUGACAGUCAUUACAUUAUCAGCACCUAUGCUGAUAUUUAGCUGUUUGAAUAAUGAUAUUGAGAAGACACUAUAAUGUAGCUUCCUAUAAACCAUUGCAAGAUUAUCUUUGUAAUAAAUCUGUAAGGGUGAUUUAAACAGUUACACCUGCUGUAAUGCUGCUCUGAAGAGAGGAUAUGGGGUUUUAGUAGGCCAGUCUGAGUCAGAGCAGUGCCCCAACAACUGUCUGCAGUCCUUUCUUAGUAUUACUAAGACAUAUAUUUUUUCCUUUAAUAUUGAUUAUUUUUAUUUAUUUAGUCCUCUAUCAAUAGGAUUGUAUUUAGUAUUUCAUAUCUGUGUUUAAUCUGCAGGUGAGUGCAGGAGGAGCAUGAGGACCCAAGGAGAUGUUAGGCUUAGCAGAAAUUCUCUCUUCUUUCUAAAUUCUCUAAACUUCUUUUAAACUUUUUUAUGUUGAGUGGAUGUAGUGCCUGACAGACAUGAAACUAAGAUUGGGAUAGCAGAAGCUUUCCAUCUAUUUAAGAUAGUAUGGUGAAUGAGACAUCAAGUGAACAGAGAGAAAAAAUGAUUUGUCUUUGAAGGCUUUUUGUUAUGAAUAGGGAGUCUUUUACUGCAAUUGUAGAUUUAAUUUUUUUCAGGAGGAGAAGGGGUGGAGAGAAUGUCUCAGAUGUUGGCCUGCUUUGUUUAUUGUCUACAGACAUGUUAAAUGCAGAACCUGAUGGAUGGCAAAAGCUACUGUAACCUCAUCUGUACCGAGACCCAGCGCAUACAACUGGCCCGGCCUUUCUGUGCCGACCCACUGGUCACAUUCCAUGUGCACCCAGAAACACCAAACCAGGUCACUUGCUGUGAGGAUUUGUCAUUCCUUCCUUUCAUGUCUGAGCAUCUCAUCACGGAGAACUUCUACAGUGAGCCCUGUACCUUUCCCUACCAAAUGCCCCAUUCCAAUUUCCACAGAAGUGAGUAUUCCUACGGGCCAGCUUUCAUCAGGAAGAGGAAUGAGAGGGAAAGGCAGCGGGUUAAGUGUGUCAAUGAAGGCUAUGCUAAGCUGAGGCAUCACCUGCCAAAGGAAUACUUGGAGAAACGGCUCAGCAAGGUAGAGACACUCCGUGCUGCAAUAAAAUACAUUAGGUACCUGCAGUCUGUUCUGUACAGUGAUUCUGUGGUGGCAGGAAAAAACGUCAUGGAGCCAAGCCAAGCUCCAAAAGCAGUUAACAAACAGAACCAGUUUUUGCAGGCGAUCUAAAGUGUUCCAAACCAAGCAAAAGGUACCGUGUCUGGGAGCGUAGUAGCCACUCCAUUAAUGACGUGAGUCUUCCUGGCACAUCUUGGGAGCAGCUCGGAGCACACGUCAGUGUCAGCCCACACAGGAGCUUUAGUUUUGCAGAUAGUAACUAAACUUAGAUACGAAAAAGACCACUGGGAAAAUCUCAGCUGAAUGACCUAAGUUAAUUCAUGAAAAUCAGGAAGCGUUUCUAAAUUUGUCACCAAGCUAAAAAUGUAGCACCUAUACGUGUGAAGUAACUGUAUGUAUCAUCACAAUCUGCAUGCUUUAAAAUAAAAUCUUUCU